GUGACGUUGAUAGUACCCUCGUGGAAAUUCAGCACCAUUAUCACCUCUGGCAACUCGAAAUUUUCGUUAUAAUUAAUUACUUAUGCAUAUUUCCAGUAUAUUUUUCAUUAAAAACGAGUUAUUAGUGGAACAGUAAUCAUAUUCCGAUUGAUGAACUAAGGAUGGUUCAUCCGAAGAUAAUCAAGAAGGAUGGAAAUCCUGACCAGUUCGAAACUUCCAUCGCCCAAGCUCUUUUGGAACUGGAAGUUAACAGCGAUUUGAAAGCUCAGCUUAGGGAAUUACAUAUUACGAAAGCUAAAGAAGUCGAUCUGUUUGGCAAAAAAUCGAUUAUUAUCUAUGUACCGAUGCCACAAAGAGGCCAGUUUCAGAAAAUUCAAACUAGAUUAGUUCGAGAACUCGAGAAGAAAUUCAGCGGAAAACACGUCGUGUUUAUCGGUGACAGGAAAAUCUUACCGAAACCUACCAGAAAAACUAGAAUGAAGAACAAGCAAAAGAGACCCAGAAGCCGUACUCUUACAUCUGUUUACGACGCUAUUUUAGAAGAUUUAGUUUACCCUGCUGAAAUCGUUGGAAAACGUAUCCGUGUUAAAUUAGAUGGAAAACAAAUUAUCAAAGUUCAUUUGGAUAAAACACAACAAACCAAUAUUGAACAUAAGGUGGAAACGUUUGCAUCGGUUUACAGAAAACUUACUGGACGCGAAGUGACCUUUGAAUUUCCAGAACCUUAUUUGUAAUCUUUCUAUGAAAUUUUGAAAAAAUAUAAAAAUUUUCAACGAU